GCGACGCGGGCCGCCCCUGCCGCCGCCGCGAUCGGACCAGCGGCCGCCUCCCCUCCGGUCCCCUCCCCCGCAUCGGCCUGCCGCGGGGAGGGGGCUAGCGUCGCCGCCUCCAGCUGCUCCGCAUGAAGCCGCUGCCGUCGCAGCCACCGCCGCCGCCGAAGAUGGGGGAUUUCUACGAUCCCGAGCACCCGACCCCUGAGUUUUCUUGGCUGAAUGGGAGUAGAGAAGAAGAAAAUGAGGCAAAGAUUGAAAAUGUGCAGAAAACAGGUUUCAUCAAAGGACCAAUGUUCAAAGGUGUUGCUUCAAGUCGAUUUUUGCCCAAAGGCACGAAGACAAAAGUUAAUUUGGAGGAACAGGGACGGCAAAAGGUGUCAUUCAGCUUCAGUUUUACAAAGAAAACUUUACAGAAUAGAUUUCUCACUGCACUUAGCAAUGAAAAGCAAAGUGAUUCUCCAAACUCCCCAGCUACCCCUCUUCAAGUAGACUCAAACCCUAAAGUUAAAAUGGACACUGGAGAUACUUUUCCUGCUACAGAAGAAUCUUCGCCACCAAAAUCAAGAGUAGAAUUGGGCAGAAUUCAUUUUAAGAAACAUCUACUUCAUGUGACAUCCAGGCCACAGCUGGCUACAACUAUAACAGUAGCAUCUCCCCUUCCUCCUACAACACAGUUACCAGCAGUCAUAGCAGAGUCAACGAUAGAUUCACCACCUUCAUCUCCACCCCCACCUCCUCCACCUCCCCAAGCCUCAUCACCAGCACCAAUAUCAGAGCCAGUGGCCUUGCCGCAACCCCCAGUAACAGCACUAAUGACAUCACCAAAAGGACCUUUACCAGUAGAUGUAGCAGUGAGAGCUCAGCAGAAAGAACCACCAGUUAAAAGUGUACCUGAAUUUAUAGAGGUGGAUACAAAGCAGGAUAUUGUAUCUAAUAGUUUGGAAGAACACACAAUUCAAACUUUGAAGGAACAAGCAGAUAAUCUCCUACAAAAAGAAGAUUCCCAUAUUGGGAAGGAAGAAGAGGUUUCAGAUGGCUCUAAGAUAAGCCUCAGUUCUAAAAAAGCAAGUUCUAAGAAGAAAGUGUCACAAUUUGAAGGCACAUUUCUUGGUUCAGAAUCUGAUGAAGAUUCUGUACGGACUUCUUCCAGUCAAAGAUCACAUGAUUUAAAAUCUUCAACAAGCAUUGACAAGGAAAGAGAUUUUAAGAAGAGCUCAGCACCUUCAAAAAGUGAGGAUUUGGGGAAAUCAUCAAGAUCUAAAACAGAGAGAGAUGAUAAAUAUUUUAGCUACUCAAAACUUGAAAGAGAUACUCGGUAUGUAUCUUCCCGAUGUAGGUCCGAAAGAGAUCGAAGGCGAAGCCGAUCUCGUUCUAGAUCUGACAGAGCCUCUAGAACUAGUUUGUCUUAUUCUCGGUCAGAAAGAUCUCAUUAUUAUGAUUCUGAACGGCGCUACCAUCGGAGUUCCCCUUAUCGUGAGAGGACACGCUAUUCUCGGCCAUAUACUGAUAACAGGGCACGGGAGAGCUCAGACUCUGAAGAUGAGUAUAAGAAGACAUAUCCAAGGCGCACCUCAGCCCAUUCCUACAGAGACCUAAGGACAUCAUCAUCAUCAUAUUCUAAAUUUGAUCGGGACUGUAAAACUGAGACCUCUUACUUGGAGAUGGAGAGAAGAGGAAAGUAUUCUUCAAAACUAGAAAGAGAAUCCAAACGGACUUCAGAGCAUGAAACCAUAAAAAGAUGUUGUUCUCCCCCAAAUGAACUGGGAUUCCGACGGGGGUCAUCAUAUUCCAAGCAUGAUAACAGUACUUCCCGUUAUAAAUCUGCCCUUUCAAAAUCUAUAUCCAAGAAUGAUAAAUUUAAAAAUUCUUUCUGUUGUACAGAAUUAAAUGAGGAAAACAAACAAUCUCAUUCGUUUAGUUUGCAGACUCCUUGUUCAAAAGGUAGUGAAUUAAGAACAAUUAAUAAGAUUUCUGAAAGAGAAAAGACUGGGUCUCCAACUCCAUCAAAUAAAUUAAAUGAUUCACCUACUUUUAAAAAGCUAGAUGAAUCUCCUAUUCUUAAGCCUGAAUUUAUAGGACAUGAUAGCCAUGAAAGUAUUAAAGAAUUGGAGUUAUCAAAAGUGAAAAAUGAUCAAUUAAGAAAUUUUUGUUCCAUUGAAUUAAAUGUAAACGGAUCUCCAGAGACAGAAGCUGAUGUGGCAACAUUUUGUACUUCUAAAACAGAUGCUAUAUCAAUGACUUCUGAUGAUAGUGUGACUGGAUCAGAGGUAUCCCCUUUGAUCAAGGCUUGCAUGCUUUCAUCAAACGGAUUUCAGAAUGUUGGUAGAUGCAGAGAAAGGGACUCAGAUGAUACCUGUAGGCAGCAUAAUACGUCAAAAAGUCCAUUUAGGGAAAUGGAACCUUUGUUGUCACCACACCAUGAUAAACUCAUGUCUUUGCCAGUUAAGACUAUAGAUUAUUCCAAAACAUUAAUUAAAGAACCAGUUGAUAAGAGACAUUUUUGCUGCAAAACCAAAGAUUCAGAUAGAUACUCUUCUCCAAAUGAAAGCUCUGAAGCUGAAAAUACUGAACCUUCAGUCAUGAAGAUUUCUUCAAAUAGCUUUGUGAAUGUGCAUUCGGAAUCCAAAACAGUUAUAUGUGAUAAUAGGGAGCUGACAGAUCAGCACUCAGAAUUUACAUGUGAUGAAUAUAAACAGAGCAUUGGUAGCACUAGUUCAGCUUCUCUUAACCAUUUUGAUGGUUUGUAUGAGCCUAUAGGGAGUUCAGGUAUUAUUUCAUCUCUCCAGAGUCUUCCAUCAGGAAUAAUAUGUGAAGAGAACACAUCUCCAACUCUAGAUGCAGUGCAGAGUAAAAAAGGCAUAGAUUUUUUAAAAUAUGCAGGGAAAGAAACAGAUGUUGGUAGUGCCCUUCCUGAUUCUGGAAAAGGAUUUUCUUGGGAAAACAGGCAUAAUAAUGUGUUAUCUGGGCAGUGUUUGCAAGAGGCUCAAGAAGAAGGGAAUUCCGUAUUGCAUGAGAGAAGAGAAAGACCAGAAAUCCCCUUAGAUGAGGAGGAACGAAGAGGCCAUGCACAUAUUUCUGAUGAUUCAGAAGUUGUAUUUCCUUAUGAUUUGAACUUAACCAUGGAAGACAGUGAUGGUAUAACUUACACCUUAAAAUGUGACAGUAGUGGAAAUGCUCCAGAGAUUGUAUCUAGUGUCCAUGAAGAUUAUUCUGGAUCUUCUGCAAGUUCAAGUGAUGAAAGUGAUUCCGAAGAUACAGAAUCUGAUGACAGCAGUAUUCCAAGAAACCGACUCCAGUCUGUUGUGGUUGUGCCAAAGAAUUCUACUUUGCCCAUGGAAGAGACAAGUCCCUGUUCUUCUCGGAGCAGUCAGAGCUACAGACAUUAUUCUGACCACUGGGAAGAUGGAUUAGAGACAAGGAGACAUGCAUAUGAGGAAAAAUAUGAGAGUAAAGGCUGUUCUCAAACUGAAAAAUACUUCCUUCAUAAAGGAACAGAGAGAAAUCCAGAAACUUCUUACUCACAGUUCAGCAGGAAAGUAGAUAAUCACCUGCCUGAAAUUGCUCAUUCUCAAAGUGAUGGGGUUGAUAGUACAAGUCAUACAGACUUGAAAUCUGACCCUCUAGGUCACCUGAAUUCAGAGGACACAUUAAGAGCCAAAACAUCUAGGCCACAAGAGCUACCAGUCUAUUCUGACGAUUUUGAAGAUCUCCCAAAUAAGUCUCGGCAGCAGAUGAUUUUCUCUAAUCGGCCAGAUAGUAGUAGACUAGGAAAAACCGAGCUGAGUUUUUCUUCCUCUUGCGACAUUUCCCGAAUGGAUGGCUUGCACUCAUCAGAAGAGCUCAGAAACCUAGGGUGGGACUUUUCCCAACAGGAAAGGCCCACUACCACAUACCAGCAACCUGACAGCAGCUAUGGAACCUGUGGUACACAUAAGUAUCAACAAAGUACUGAACAUUAUGGUGGGACCCAUAAUUACUGGCAAGGCAAUGGCUAUUGGGAUCCAAGAUCAGCAGGUAGACCUCCAGUAACUGGGGUUGCUUAUGAGCGAAUCCAAGGGCAAGUACCAGAUUCUUUAACAGAUGAUCGUGAAGAAGAGGAAAAUUGGGAUCAACGAAGUGGAUCACAUUUUUCAAGCCCGUCCAAUAAAUUUUUCUUCCAUCAGAAGGACAAGGGAUCAGUGCAAGCACCGGAAAUAAGCAGCAAUUCAAUUAAAGACUCUUUAGUUAUGAGCGAAAGGAAAGAUUUUUCAAAAAACUUCGAAAAAAAUGAUAUAAAAGAGAGAGGGCCUCCUAAAAAACGAAGGCAAGAAUUGGAGAGUGAUUCUGAAAGUGAUGGUGAGCUACAGGCUAGAAAGAAAGUUAGAGUGGAGAUAGAGCAGGGAGAAUCAUCUGUGCCACAGCACUCAGAGCUGAUGGGGCCUUCGUGUGCUAUGGAUGACUUCAGGGACCCACAGCGGUGGAAAGAAUUUGCCAAGCUGGGGAAGAUGCCUUGUUACUUUGAUCUUAUUGAAGAAAAUGUUUAUUUAACAGAAAGGAAGAAGAACAAAUCCCAUCGGGAUAUUAAGCGAAUGCAGUGUGAAUGUCCACCUCUUUCUAAGGAUGAAAGAGCUCAAGGUGAAGUAGCAUGCGGAGAAGAUUGCCUUAAUCGUCUCCUCAUGAUUGAAUGUUCCUCUCGAUGUCCAAACGGAGAUUACUGUUCAAACAGACGGUUUCAGAGAAAACAGCACGCAGAUGUGGAAGUCAUACUUACAGAAAAGAAAGGCUGGGGCUUAAGGGCUGCUAAGGAUCUCCCUUCGAACACCUUUGUCCUGGAAUACUGUGGAGAGGUACUUGAUCAUAAAGAGUUUAAAGCUCGGGUGAAAGAAUAUGCACGGAACAAAAACAUCCACUACUAUUUCAUGGCCCUGAAAAAUGACGAGAUAAUAGAUGCCACUCAAAAAGGGAAUUGCUCUCGUUUCAUGAAUCAUAGCUGUGAACCAAACUGUGAAACCCAGAAAUGGACUGUGAAUGGACAGCUGAGGGUUGGAUUUUUUACCACCAAACUAGUUCCUUCAGGCUCAGAAUUGACUUUUGACUAUCAGUUCCAAAGAUAUGGCAAAGAAGCUCAGAAGUGUUUCUGUGGGUCAGCCAACUGCCGGGGUUACUUGGGAGGAGAAAACAGAGUCAGUAUCAGAGCUGCGGGAGGGAAGAUGAAAAAGGAACGCUCUCGAAAGAAGGAUUCAGUGGAUGGAGAACUCGAAGCACUGAUGGAAAAUGGUGAAGGCCUCUCUGAUAAGAACCAGGUUCUUAGUUUAUCCCGGCUCAUGGUUAGAAUUGAAACUUUGGAACAGAAACUUACCUGUCUCAAGCUCAUUCAGAACACACACACACAGUCCUGCCUCAAGUCAUUUCUGGAACGUCAUGGGUUGUCACUGUUGUGGAUCUGGAUGGCAGAGCUUGGCGAUGGCCGGGAAAGUAACCAGAAGCUUCAGGAAGAGAUUAUAAAGACUUUGGAGCAUUUGCCCAUUCCUACAAAAAAUAUGUUGGAAGAAAGCAAAGUACUUCCAAUUAUCCAGCGCUGGUCUCAGACUAAGACUGCUGUUCCUCAGUUAAGUGAAGGAGACGGGUAUUCUAGUGAGAAUACAUCACGUGCUCACACACCGCUUAAUACACCGGACCCUUCUGCCAAGCCGAGCACGGAAGUGGAUACAGAUACUCCCAAGAAACUCAUAUUCCGCAGACUUAAGAUUAUAAGUGAAAAUAGCAUGGACAGUGCAGUCUCGGACGUCACCAGUGAGCUAGAAUGCAAGGAUGGCAAAGAGGACCUUGAUCAGCUAGAGACUGUCACUGUGGAAGAGGAUGAAGAGCUGCGGUCCCACCAGCUCCUCCCACAGCAGCUGUGCGAGUCCAAAGUUGAGAGAGAAGCCACCAUCGAAGUCAGUAAAUUACCCACAUCUGAACCGGAGGCAGACACAGAGGCAGAGCCCAAAGACAGCAACGGCACAAAACUAGAAGAAACUAUUGCUGAGGAAACGCCAUCCCAAGAUGAAGAAGAGGGAGUGUCUGAUGUUGAAAGUGAGAGAAGCCAGGAGCCACCAGAUAAAACAGUGGAUAUAAGUGAUUUGGCUACCAAGCUACUAGACAGUUGGAAAGAUCUAAAGGAGGUGUAUCGGAUUCCAAAGAAAAGUCAAACUGAAAAGGAGAGCACAGCUGAACGAGGAAGAGAUGCUGCUGCCUUCAGAGAUCAAACAGCUCCAAAGACUCCUAACAGGUCCAGGGAGAGAGACCCAGACAAGCAGUCUCAAAAUAAUAAAGAGAAAAGGAAACGGCGGGGCUCUCUGUCACCGCCCUCUUCUGCGUAUGAGCGGGGAACAAAAAGGCCAGAUGACAGAUAUGAUACACCAACUUCUAAAAAGAAAGUACGAAUUAAAGAUCGAAACAAACUUUCUACAGAGGAGCGCAGGAAGUUGUUUGAACAAGAGGUAGCACAGAGGGAAGCUCAGAAACAACAGCAGCAGAUGCAGAACUUGGGGAUGACAUCACCACUACCCUUUGACUCUCUGGGAUAUAAUGCCUCCCAUCACCCCUUUGCUCGGUACCCACCAGGUUACCCCAUGCAAGCCUAUGUGAAUCCCAGCAACCCUAAUGCUGGAAAGGUGCUUCUGCCCACACCUAGCAUGGACCCUGUGUGCUCCCCUGCUCCUUAUGAUCAUGCUCAGCCCUUGGUAGGACAUUCUACAGAAUCCCUUGCUGCUCCUCCAUCAGUGCCAGUGGUACCACAUGUGGCAGCCUCUGUGGAAGUUUCCAGUUCACAGUAUGUAGCUCAGAAUGAAAGUGUGGUACACCAAGACUCCAAUGUUCCUGUAAUGCCAGUACAAGCUCCAGGCCCAGUCCAAGGACAGAAUUACAAUGUCUGGGAUUCAAACCAACAGUCUGUCAGUGUACAGCAGCAGUAUUCGCCUGCCCAAUCUCAAACAACCAUGUAUUAUCAGGGACAGACAUGUUCAACUGUCUAUGGUGUGACCUCGCCUUAUUCACAGACAACUCCUCCAAUUGUGCAGAGUUAUACCCAGCCAAGUCUUCAGUAUGUCCAGGGACAGCAGAUUUUCACAGCUCACCCACAAGGAGUGGUGGUACAGCCAACUGGAGCCGUGACUUCAAUAGUUGCACCAGGGCAGCCUCAGUCCUUACAGCCACCUGAAGUGGUUGUAACAAAUAAUCUACUGGACCUACCACCCCCCUCCCCUCCAAAACCAAAAACGAUUGUUUUACCUCCCAACUGGAAAACAGCCCGAGACCCUGAAGGGAAGAUCUAUUACUAUCAUGUAAUCACGAGACAGACUCAGUGGGAUCCUCCUACUUGGGAAAGCCCAGGAGAUGAUGCCAGCCUUGAGCAUGAAGCUGAAAUGGACCUGGGAACUCCGACCUAUGAUGAAAACCCCAUGAAGACAUCAAAAAAGCCCAAGACAGCAGAAGCAGACACCUCCAGUGAGCUGGCAAAGAAAAGCAAAGAAGUAUUCAGAAAAGAGAUGUCUCAGUUCAUUGUCCAGUGCCUGAAUCCUUACCGGAAACCUGACUGCAAAGUGGGCAGGAUCACCACCACUGAAGAUUUCAAGCACCUCGCUCGAAAGCUGACUCAUGGAGUUAUGAAUAAGGAGCUGAAGUACUGUAAGAACCCUGAGGAUCUGGAGUGCAAUGAGAAUGUGAAACACAAAACCAAGGAGUACAUCAAGAAGUACAUGCAGAAGUUCGGGGCUGUUUACAAACCUAAAGAGGACACUGAACUAGAGUGACCUCAGGCCAGAGUGGAGCAUGAGCAGAAAGGAUGGAUCCUGUGGCUUCUGCCCUACCCCACGGCCAAGGCUGUGCUACUGAUGUGAUGACCCACCGUCCUGAGCGGUUCAAACCUGCAGGUGUCAGCUGUAAGCUGCAGAAGGGAGCUGUCUCCAAAUGGCCCCUAGUUGUGAGCUGUUGGGGUAAUAGUUACAGGCCAUCAGAGGCAGUAGCCUAGGGAAGACCUUGGCCCCAUGACCCUGUUCUCAAAUCUGGGUCUCCCCUUUGGCGGUGCUGUCAGCGCACAGACCCAUGCGCACCCUCCCCCAAGAUCCUUUAUCCUGACGAUAUGUAUUAUAUUUUAAUGUAUAUGUGAAUAUAUUGAAAAUAAUUUGUUUUUCCUGGUUUUUGUUCUGUUUUUGUUUGCUGUUAGCAUCUAUGUGCUGGAAUCAUGGAAAGACUUUGUAAGGAUAGUAUAAAUUGUCCUGCAAGGUUUAAUUUGUUAUCAUGUAAAUAUUCCAAAGCAGGCUGCCUUGUGGUUUUGGCCAGCCUUGUGCUAUGUUGAUAAGAUUGAUUUACUGCUUAAGAUCACUUUACUUUAUCCAAUUUUUACUGAACUUUUUAUGUAAAAAAUAAAAUCAAUUAAAGAACUUGGAAUGUGUGCUCCCUCAAA